AUGAUAGACCCGCCCAUCGUUGACUCUUCAUCCGGGUUUAGGUCUGCACUGGACGAUGUGCCGCAUGAGUUCAGGGACUAUCAAUUGCGUCGCAAGCCGUUCGCUUCCCAUCCCCCCGCUUCAGGUUGGAAAGAGGGAGAUGAGCCUGGUACAAUCAGGUUGAAGCAGGAGUAUACGCUGAUAUUCGUCGUUGACAGGCAGAAGGGGAAGGUAUUGCUGGGUUACAAGAGACGUGGUAUGGGAAUUGACCUCUAUAACGGAUUCGGCGGUAAAGUGGAAGAUGGCGAAAAAAUACACCAAUGUGCUGCGCGUGAGCUUGAAGAAGAGUCGGGUCUUAGACCCAAAGCUGAUGGCAUUUACUAUAAAGGCUGUCUGAUCAGUGCUCGCCCUCAAUCUGCCAAAUUCAGCAGCCCGGCAUGCAUCAUCAGGAUACAUUUCUUCGCUUGUGUCGCUUGGUCCGGGCUGCCUAUCCCAACUGAAGAGAUGAUACCCAAAUGGUUCGAUUUAUCAGAGGAAUUGCCGGUCAAUCAGAUGUGGCCAGAAGCAUCAUUCUACCUCCUACCAGUCCUUCAAACGAUCCAGGACGAUCAACGUGAAGACCUGUUCCUAUCUCGGAUAAAUUACGAAUACAUGCGUCUGUCAGAUGCACCUACUUCCCUACCAGCCCUCGACGGAUCAACUGUACGCAGGCCUCGGCUCUCGCAAGAUGAGGAGGAGCCAGAUUUUGGCGAGUGUCUUAGUAGUUGGUGGAUGUGCUUUGCAUCGUCGAAAGGGCACAGUUAG